UUGAUUGGGGUUAAUCCCACUUCUCUCAGCCUCGGACUUAUUGGAAGUAAUUGUAGAAAUUUAGAAAGAUUGGCUCUUUGUGGAAGUGAGACUUUUGGUGAUAAGGAAAUUUCUUGUAUUGCUGCGAAGUGCAUGGCUUUAAAGAAGCUUUGUAUUAAGGGUUGCCCUGUUUCUGAUCAAGGGAUGGAAGCUCUGGCUGAUGGAUGUCCUAACCUAGUUAAGAUUAAAGUAAAGAAAUGCAGGGCUGUUACUCCACAUGUGGCUGAUUGGUUGAGGUCUACCAGAGCUUCAUUGGCCGUGAAUUUGGACAACAUCAAUCAGGUUGAACUGCAGGAGGCAUGCAUGAGUGAGAGUGGCAUGAUGGAUAAUGGUGUAGAGGAGAUUCCAGUUUUGGUUGAUCCAUUUUCCUCACUGGAUGUUCCCUCAAGCAGCAGUGGUAGGACAGGGCAUUGGAAGAGGAUAGGUUUUAUUGCUGGAAGGAAUUUCUUUGCGCCUACUUUUAGGAGAUUUUUUCAUGGUAAC